UUCGCGAGUUCAUUUACCUCAUCAAAGAUUACUCAUGAUGAAACUUUGCGGUCGUGUGUUUGGAAUGCAUUAUUUUUCUUGCACUCAUCUGACAAAAAUGCGUCGAAUUUCGUAAGGAAAAAAAUGUGUCGAUCCAACCUAUUUUCAAAACUUUUCAUUAUUGUCUUUAUCGCGCAUUCAUACAGUUCUGAAGAAAACAAUGGAAUAUUUCAAUCAGAUAUUGGCGACCAAAUGACAAUCGGCUUAAGUGACACCGGAUACAAAAGUGUUAAAUUAAAAUGUGGCUCAAAUUCAAUGUUAGUCGCGUUGGAAACGGAUGAAGAUUUCGAUGGAGUGAUUUACACAAGAGGCAAUUUUCAUGAUAAAACUUCGGCUUGUUUUCUUGAUCCGGGACCAAAAAGGGGCCAAAGAUCCUUUUCGAUCAAAUUUCCCUUAGAUCAAUGCAACACCCAAAAAAAAGGUGAAACCUAUUCAAAUACUUUGGUUUUACAACACGAUAAGGAAUUAAUAAUGCCAGGCGACGCGGCUUUCCACUUGGAAUGCGACUAUAGUAAACCUAGAGAUGUCACUGUAAAUGCAAAUUUGCAUAAUGAAAAAUCUGUGACUUCACGGAUUACACUUACCGAUGCAGACCCAUCGUUUAAGAAAAACAAAAGAGAUAAAAGAUCGAGUGUUGAAAAUAAAACCGAUUCAGUUGUUUUAACCCAAGAAUUUUUAAAAGGGCGUAUGUCAGCAAAUAUUUAAAUUGGAAAUAAUCUGUUAUUUACUUCAAAAUAAACUGAAAAAAGGUCUCGGAAACUACAACAUGAGAUUAUAUUUUUUAUUAACACAA